AUGUCUAUGAACACCACAUCACCCCAUCGGCCCCAAUCCUCUUCCUCAUCCCGACAUUCUCCCCGCAGAGAAGCCUCAUCCAGGCCUGGAACCGCGGCCUCGCGCCCACUACACGGCCACACCUCCACCGACGAACAAAGUACAGUCGCUUUGCCUUCCCACGAUGGAGCCAGGGAGGCGGUCGAAGGGUCCAAAGUGGAUGGAAGAGCAGAUGCUGCGCAAGAACAGCUGGAGUCUCAUUCAAGAUUCCAGCCAUUCUUCACGCUGAUCGAAGACGCGCAUACCUCGGAUUAUCACCAUCCGACAGUCCACUAUAUCUUCUCCGAUGACGACACCGACAUCGUGACAGAGGCUGCCCUUCGCAGUCUGCAGUCACAGCAGGAUACCAUCCCAGACUCUCAAAAAGACCCAGCCGUAAAUCCUAUCGAGGCAGGCGAGUCUUUGGACCCCAGCAAGACAACUUUACUGCCACCCCCCAUCCCGGGAGUCCGAGAAAACUAUCUCAUCCUGGAUGUGGGCCCGGUUCCUCCGGAAAAUCCUCAGAUCCCUCCAGCAGCCGAUCCAUCGACGACAAUCACAGGGGGAGGGGGCGGAGCAGGUGGUGCCCCGAAAUCCAUGUCCUCAUCACCGGCGAAUCCUCCCGCGCUACCAUCGCAACCCACCCCGCAUGGGCAAAGCACUCCGUCAACGCAGUUCCGGGUCACAUCGGCGCAGAGCUUCUCGCCAACAUGGCAGGUUCUCCAUAGCGAGCUAAUACCGGCACCGACAUUCGAAAACAGCAACCCCGGCGAAUCGCCGGGUCAUGGACUGAUGCUGAAAGUCCACGGCACCGCGGGGUUACCAGCGGAGAUACCGGGAAAAGACCGCGGUAACAGAGGGCCACAGAGACUCGAAGAAAUGAUGGAUCAGUUUGCGAAGCGGAUGGGUGAAUUGCAGCAGAUUAUCGAUGCAGCGGAUACGACUGAACAUUCAGGAACAGAACCACCACGCGAGCAGGAAGCAGGCGAGCAAAGGCCUACUACUACUGCAACCGAUUCAGAUGAUGAAACGAGAAAAGAAGGCAACAGUGCGCAGCAAGGGCAUGGUGAUUUGGAGCACUCGUAA